UUUUAUUAAAGCUAGUAGCUGAUAAAAACCUUCCAAAUGCUCAGCAUGAAUAUGCAUUAUCACUUUUAACUACUAAUGGAAAAAUAUUACCUGAUCUUAAAGAAGAAUUUCUUAAGUAUCUUAGCAAAGCAAAUGACAGAAAUUACAUUCCAUCUAUGUAUCUUUUAGAUAAAUUUUAUUAUAAUGAAGAAAAACAUUUAUUGAAAAAAGCUAGUAAGCUAGGAAGUAAUGAAGCAACAGAAUUAUAG